GCGAAGGAGGAGAAGGAAGUUAAAGGGCAGUGACCAAGAGAGGCCACCAAACGUCUUUGUCCCCGGAGAGCUGCCUUUCCGCGACAGAGCCGCAGCCUGUCACCUGGAAGAUGCCGAGGUCCUGCGGCAGUCGCUCAGGGGUCCUGCUGCUGGCCUUGCUGCUUCAGACCUCCAUGGAAGUGUGGGGCUGGUGCCUGGACAGCAGGCAGUGUCAGGACCUCACCACGGAAAGCAACCUGCUGGCUUGCCUCCGAGCCUGCAAACCUGACCUCUCGGCGGAGACGCCCGUGUUCCCAGGCAACGGGGACGAGCAGCCGCUGACCGAGAACCCUCGGAAGUACGUCAUGGGCCACUUCCGCUGGGAUCGCUUCGGCCCCCGGAACGGCAGCGGCGCGGCGCAGCGGCGCGCGGAGGAGGAGGAGGAGGAGGAUGCUGCGGUGGCGGCGGCGGGGGAAGCCGGUGGCUCUGAGCCCGGCCUGCGCGAGGGCAAGCGCUCCUACUCCAUGGAGCACUUCCGCUGGGGCAAGCCGGUGGGCAAGAAGCGACGGCCAGUGAAGGUGUACCCCAACGUCGCCGAGAACGAGUCGGCGGAGGCCUUUCCCCUGGAGUUCCGGAGGGGCCUGGAGCCCGAGGCGGCCGCCGCCGACGGCGCGGCAGACGGGCCCUAUCGGAUGGAGCGCUUCCGCUGGGGCAGCCCGCCCAAGGACAAGCGCUACGGCGGCUUCAUGACCUCCGAGAAGAGCCAGACGCCCCUGGUGACACUCUUUAAGAACGCCAUCGUCAAGAACGCUCACAAGAAGGGCCAGUGAGGGCGCGGGGACGGGGACGGGGACGGGGGGGUCUCCUCACCCCAAGCCUCCUCCAUCCCUGCAUGAGCGAGCUGCUCGCCGCCGCAGACCUCAAGCCUCCUAGAGUUGCCUGUAGUCAGGAAAUAAAACCUUUCAGAUUUCA